AUGGUUCCAGCCAACGUCUUAGAAGACGAGUCCAACACAUCCUCCUACUACCUCCACCAAUGGCCCCACAAGUCUCUACUUUGGCAGGCCAGAUGGGGAAACCCUCCAACCACGGCGGCUCUUAAUCCUAAUAUGCACAUCCCAGUAGAACCUAGCACCGAUGGCCCACGCAAGCCUCCCAUCUCCGUAAUCUCAUCCACCAAGAACGAGAAAGGCAACCUUACGAUCAUCUACAAAGAAGAGGCCCCCAAAACCAAAGUCAGCACCAGCAACCCUACGCGCGAGCUCGAUCGCGACCAAAAAGCCCCGGCCUACAUCAACGCUUUCAAUCAAACCAAGUCCACUCUCUCCGCUUUUACCACUCUCUGGAACGACUGCGGCGCGGAUGCCGAGACCUUCGGCUAUCGCGCUGACGGCCGCCUCCAAGGUGGAUGCUAUCUUCUUGGAUCCGGCUCCAGCUUUCUCAUAUCCUCGAUGAGUUGA